UCCUCCGGUGGAGGAGCUGGAGUCCGGGGAAAGCCGACUCGAGCGCUGUGGAGCUAGCUCGCCGAGGACGCAGCAGAUUGGCUGAUCUUGGGAGCUACAGGGAAUUGCUCAUCCUAAAGCAGGUGACCAGUGACAUCAGCCAUGUCAUCCAGGCCUUUUGAAAGUCCGCCUCCUUAUAGACCUGAUGAAUUUAAACCGAAUCAUUAUGCACCAAGCAAUGACAUAUAUGGUGGAGAAAUGCAUGUUCGACCAAUGCUCUCUCAGCCUGCGUAUUCUUUUUACCCAGAAGAUGAAAUUCUUCACUUCUACAAAUGGACAUCUCCUCCAGGAGUGAUUCGUAUUCUGUCUAUGCUCAUUAUUGUGAUGUGUAUUGCUAUAUUUGCCUGUGUUGCCUCCACACUUGCCUGGGACAGAGGCUAUGGAACUGGCUUACUAGGAGGUGGUUUUGGCUACCCUUAUGGAGGAAGUAGCUUUGGUGGCUACGGAGGCAGCUAUGGCUAUGGUUAUGGCUACGGUUAUGGCUAUGGAGGAGGCUAUACGGAUCCAAGAGCGGCCAAGGGCUUCCUGUUGGCCAUGGCUGCCUUUUGUUUCAUUGCCUCAUUGGCAAUAUUUGUUACCAGUGUUAUAAGAUCUGAAAUAUCCAGAACAAGAGGAUAUUACUUGACUGUGAUAAUAGUGAGUGCUAUCCUAGGUAUCCUGGUGUUUAUUGCCACAAUUGUCUAUAUAAUGGGAGUCAACCCAACUGCCCAGGCUUCUGGAUCUUUAUAUAGUUCACAAAUAUAUGCCCUCUGCAACCAGUUCUAUACACCUGCAGUUACUGGAGUCUAUGUGGAUCAGUAUUUGUAUCACUACUGUGUGGUGGAUCCCCAGGAGGCUAUUGCCAUUGUGCUAGGAUUCAUGAUUAUUGUGGCUUUUGCUUUAAUAAUUUUCUUUGCUGUGAAAACUCGAAGAAAGAUGGACCGGUAUGACAAGUCCAAUAUUUUGUGGGACAAAGAACACAUUUAUGAGGAGCAGCCACCCAAUGUGGAAGAAUGGGUUAAAAAUGUGUCUGCAGGCACACAAGACAUACCUCCACCCCCAUCUGACUACGUGGAGAGAGUUGAUAGUUCCAUGGUGUACUCUUCCAAUGACAAAGUGAAUGGCAAGCGGUCGUAUCCAGAGUCUUCCUAUAAGUCAACACCACCGAUGCCUGAAGUGGCUCAGGAGCUUCCCCUCACUUCACCCAUGGAUGACUUCAGACAGCCUCGCUACAGCAGCAGUGGUAACUUAGAGACACCUUCAAAAAGGGCUCCCACUAAGGGAAGAGCAGGAAAGCCCAAGAGAACAGAGCAAGACCACUAUGAGACAGACUACACGACGGGUGGAGAGUCCUGUGAUGAGCUGGAGGAGGACUGGAUCAGGGAAUAUCCACCCAUCACUUCAGAUCAACAAAGACAACUCUACAAGCGAAAUUUUGACACUGGCCUGCAGGAAUACAAAAGCUUACAAGCAGAACUUGACGAGGUCAAUAGAGAACUCUCUCGUCUAGAUAAAGAAUUGGAUGACUAUAGAGAUGAAAGUGAAGAGUACAUGGCUGCCGCUGAUGAAUACAAUAGACUGAAGCAAGUUAAGGGAUCUGCAGAUUACAAAAGAAAGAGAAAAUACUGCAAACAGUUGAAGAGUAAAUUGUCACACAUCAAGAAGAUGGUUGGAGACUAUGAUAGACGGAAAACUUAGAAGGCAGAUGCCACAGUGCUGGAGAAAUUAAGGAAUAUCUAUCUGAUAUCUCUGAAAUGUUCUCAGAAGGCAAAUGACUUUGGACUCUUACCUAGGAAGCCAAAACUCGGUGUUCAUUACAAAGUUUUGGUAGCUUUAAUAUCAUCAGUUUCAUAUCAUCAGUAUUGAAGCAUUUAUAAAUAACUUUUGUUAAUCAACUGGGCUGAACACUCCUAUUAAGGAUUUUAUAGUUUAAACACUGGUUCUCGUAUUAAGAACAAAAUAAUGCUGUUUGAGGGUUUUAAACCUUAAAGGAAGGUCCUGGUAUGAACUGUGCUGUGAAUUUUCACACCCAAGA